AGUGUCCCAGGGAACAAAGAACAGAUUCUUUGGUACUCCGGCGUAACGACGUUGCCUCCUCCCCUCGUCUAGAGUCUAGACCCACAGGCAUAGCCCAUCCAAAGAUCAAAUCUUUUAGUUUUGCCAGCCAGAUAUCUCAUCUCAUCCCUGUCACACCGAGGAAGAAGACCCAGCGCCAGCGGCGAUUGAUGGCAUCUCGCUCCCGUGCCCCCCUGGCCGUGGCCCUGUCCCCUCACCCUCUCUAGACGAAAUCUACGAGAGAGGGAGAGGUGGAGAGGGAUAAGAAGAGUUCUUCCCAGUGGAGAGAGGGAGAGGUCGGAGGAGUACAAGGGCUGGUUGCGGCUGCGACUGCGACUGGUGGAUUCCAUUUCUUCCCUUCUUGCGCCGGGUUGGCGGCGGCGGCGGCGGGCGGCGCGGCCAUGGCCAAGCAGCUGCGGGUCUACCAAGUCUGGAGAGGCAACAACAUAAUCUGGUGUGGUGGGAGAUUGAUCUUUGGACCAGAUGCCAAGGCUACUCUACUAUCUUUCUCGCUGAUCGUGGCCCCUGUUGUUGUCUUCUGCAUCUUUGUGGGCAAAAACCUCAUACACAUCUUUCCUGCAUAUAACGCAGGGUAUGCAAUUCUGGUUGUUACCGUAGCCCUGACAAUUCAUGUACUGUUACUGCUCUUCUUGACCUCAUCUCAAGAUCCAGGUAUUGUACCAAGGAAUUCAAAUCCACCUGUGGAGGAGUUUUCUCAUGAUUCUUCAGCUCCUCAUACUCUCCAGUUCCCUCGGAUAAAAGAGAUCAUGAUCAAUGGUGUGCCCGUGAGAGUAAAAUAUUGUGAAACUUGCAUGCUAUAUCGGCCUCCUCGUUGCUCCCACUGUUCCAAAUGUGAUAAUUGUGUCGAGCGAUUUGAUCACCACUGCCCUUGGGUUGGUCAAUGUAUUGGACAGCGCAAUUACCGCUACUUCUUCUGGUUUGUUUGUUCGGCAGCAAUCCUGUGUUUCUAUGUAUUUACAAUGUCUGCAUUGUACAUCAGUCUACUCAUGAAGGAUCACCGUUCAGUGGUGGAGGCAAUUAAAGCCUCUCCAGCAUCAGUGGCAGUCAUGGGAUACUGUUUCAUUUGUUUCUGGUUUGUUGGUGGUCUCACCGGAUUCCACUCUUACCUCAUUGCAACAAAUAAGACAACAUAUGAGAAUAUCAAGUACAAGUACAGCAACCAACCCAAUGCGUUUGACCGUGGUUGCAUACACAAUUGCUUCGAGGUCCUGUGCACGAAAAGGAAGCCUUCUAGGAUCAACCUGCGAGCCAUCGUUCAAGAGGAACAUGUUGCGUCCCUGCCACGAAUCAGCCGUUCCAGUGUGCCCGAAGAUGAGACGCCCCACCGUCCACGAGCCAAAGUGGAGGAUGACCUUGAGAUGGGCCUUGACAUCCUGAAGACCUCACGGCGCCGGUCAGAUGAACUGAGUGACUUAGAGUUGGGCACUGCAAGCAAUGGUGCAAGAUAUCGCAGAAGUGAUUCAGACACUGAGAUCCCGGUUAUGACCAGAACAAUUACUGAGAGCUCCGAUCAAACUAGGGAUCUGGACUUCUAUUCAGUGACCAACGCUGCACAUCCCUCGUCUCCUGAGCAGAGGCAGCUCCCCGAUGAACUCCGCUGAUUGUAUAUGAGCGUGCCGUUGCAGUGAGAAACAGUUUUCAGGGCGCAAACCAACAAGUUGAUCGUCAGUGAGGGCCGCGGGAUGUUUGAAAUUUGGAUGAAUUUGGCAUAUGCUCUCUGCUGCCUUCUUUUUGUAGGAUUUGGGGAAUGUUGAUUGAUUGGUGAUAGGUCUCUUUCUGUAAACAUCUCAGUUAUGCAUUUUAUUGUGAAGGUUUUAAGAGAUUGUA